UCAGCCCGCGGGGCCACAUCAGCAGACCACCACACGAACCGACGACGAACGACAAAGAGCGCGAAAGCGAGCAGAAAAUAGCAGCGCGGUAGCGGAUUGCAAAUGUGUCCCCGCGCGCGUAUGUGUUGUGUGUGUGUACGUGCGUGCGUGUGUAAGUGUGUGUAAGUGUGUGUGUGUGUGCGUGUGUAGCGCGUGCGUACGCUCAAAGCAAAAAAGGGAGGAAACAAGGCACCGUUGCAACAAUGAUGAAGCAAUAGAUUUUCAAAAUCUUACCAGAAUAGAAUAGUCGCCGCGGUUUUGGCAUCGAUUGGCGAAUGCGAAUGAAAACGAAAACCACACAUCAACAGGUGCCCGGAAACAGUUUCGUGUGAAACUGUUGUACUAAGAACUGCCACCUUUCGGGACCGGUUUUGACAGUUCCGGCGCGUUUCCAGUGUGCGUGUACGCAGCGUAGGCAGCCGAAGGCUCCUCCGUCGGUCGGUCAAUGACAGUUGGUUCGUCCUGUGGCACCCUGGACCCUACACAUCCUUAUACACGCACACACCACUACCACCACCACCACAAAGCGUUUGAACGCGUGCGCAUCCCGACGGAAGCGCUCACACACUGUCUCGCUCUGUUCUGGUAGAACCAAUUUUCCAGGACCAGGACCGUCAACAUCAAACGGCCAGCCAGCCUGUCAGCCAGCCAGCAUCAUCGGCCAUCGCGCUUUUUCUCGUCGUCGGUUAUUGAUUGGUAGUGUGUCCCGUGGCUUCUCGCUGUGCAAAAGGUACGGAUAACACGUCGCUUCCGUCGCGGUGGUCGGUUGUGUGCGGUUGUUGUGCUUCUCACGGUCUACUAAGAUCCGCCGUCUUUGUGUCAUCCACAGCAUCGUUUUCUGCCUGCGAAUUCGGCCUGUGAGUGUUCUGUGUAGCGCCUCCCAGAUCAAUUUGUGUGUGUUUAUUUGGUGGUUAAUAGAAGCAUUUUCCUGUGCCAGUGUGCUAAUAAGUGAAGCCAUUUGAAGCAAAAAAGAGCAAUUGCGUUGAUUGAAGCUGUUUGUGCAAUUCAGUGCGUGUUUGUGUGUGUGCGCGCGCGUUAGUGUGUCUAAAGAAAACGCCCCUCACCGAAGUGACACGGAAAGCAUUGCUUGCCCAGCAAGCUUAGCGCUGUUCUGAUAGUUCAUCCUUCCCUCCCCCCCUGCCGGUACCGUUAAAAGCCGUCAAAAUUACGCAAAACACGCAAAAGAUGUCCUCGCUGGUGCUGAGGAGCCUCUCGAUACUGCUCGGGCUGUUCUUCAUAUUCAUCGGCAUCAUGAAGAUAUCACCACACAUCAGCAAGGACCUGCAUCGGGACUUGCGCAAGAACUACGUCAAGUAUGCGAAAGUGUUUCCCCUCUCGACACUGCUGGAGUUCAAAAUACCCUCAAAAUGGUACCGGCGAUCGGUCGGCGGACUGGAGGUGCUGUGCGGGUUGGCCAUGGUGCUCAUUCCUAGCCAUAAAAUAAAAAAUGCGGCCAACAUAACGCUCCUGCUGUUGAUGUUCCUGGCCGUCUACUCGCACUACAUGGUAAGCGAUCCGUUCGAACGAUCCGGCCCGGCGCUCGUCUUCACCUUCAUGCUGAUCGGUAGGCUAGUGAUAUGGUAUCAGGCAAGUCGACGAGAAGCGGCCCUAGCAGCUGCCGCACAGCCCACUGCCAAUGGACUGAAGCAGGAGUAAGGUGGCCAUCACCAGUACCACCACAACCACCACGAAAUACUGCGUCCGGCUAACUGAUCUCAGUUCCCUUCAGCCCGUAACGAUGCAUGGAUACAGAAAGUGCAAUAGAGCGCGCGCGCGAAAGAGAGAGAGAGAGAUUCUUCAUGCAACACAGCCAGCAAUGCAACACAUUAAACGAGGAAAGUCGAGUUCGAGUCUCGCUCUGUCGAAUUUUAUACCAAAACAAAACGUAAUGAGGAAUACGUUUUCCUCCCCCUGACCUCCUCCCCCAGACUCCUACCCCCUUGAAAACGAAUCGAAACUUGCGGAAGAGGUCGAAAUCGAAAGCAACGGAAAUGGUUAUAUGGUUUCAUUCGGUGUUUCACGCAAAAGCAGCAAGACAGACGCGUACUGAGCACACUAGCACACUAGAACACACGCAAAAAAUACGGAUACGGAUUAUUGAUUUGAUAUUUUUUAAUACGAAAUUGAGCAGCACAAAAGAUGAUGAUCAACAACGAACCAAACCGCUAUUAUGCGAACAGGGAAUGGAGGAACAUGGAAGUUUCGGUUAGAUGGACUAUUAUUAUCUUGGUCAUUAUCGUUUUUAGCGUCAUCAUUAUUUUUACUUAUUUUUACGUUUAGCAACGGAAAGGAUUCUCUGUGAGCCUCUUCUGUUCUCCGGCGGAUUCAAAAGUGAGAUACCGAGUGGAAGGGAUAGAUUGAGGGAGAAUGGGGGACCGAAUGAAACGAAUUGCGGUAUUGUCUCUGCUUUUCUUUUUUCAAAUGUGAUCACAAUAAAAACAAAGAAAUUAUUCUCUAGUCAGCA